AUGGUCCAUCAGAAGCUGCAACACGACACACCGGAUUACCGGCUCAAGAAUUUGUGCCCUGCUUGCCAUCACAGAGUAAUGGAGAGUUGUACAUUGCUACCCCUGAUGUUUGUGUUACAACUGAUACCCAUCAGAGCAAAAUAUCCUCUGGCUUCUGCUGAGAAGCUCAUACACACAUUCAGCAAGAACAUCUUGUUCGCUUACGAUAUUGGGUGUACAUUCUCUGCAACUUUAUUGAAGUUGUCCAUUGGGGAUUUGGUCAAAGAAGCCAAUUUCAGGUGUUGCACCGGUUCUUUUCACGGUGCCACUCACCACAGGGCCUGCCAGCUGGACUUUCUUAUUAGUUUACAGAAAGGUGCUGGCAUAGAAGAUGGUGUAAGGUGGUGUCCUAGAACCCAGCUGUGA